AACCUCCCCACACACCUCCAGGGGUGGCGCUCUCACUCCCACCCCUUCACCCUGGAGUUCCUGGAGAAGGUCCUGAACUUCAUCGGUCUCUUCGAGGUCCAUAAAGCCAUCUCUCUGAUCCUCAACGUCCUGCAGGAGCAGAACUCUCCCCCACAGAUCCUGCAGAGGGGGAUCUACAGGGAGAUGUUACUUCUCACACUUGCUGCUCUGGGGAGGGAACACAUGGAUAUAGCCGCGUUCGACAGCAAGUACAAGACGGCGUGCAAGAAGCUGGGAAACUCAAUGGGGAAGGAGGAACUGCGCAAGAGGCGGGCCCUGCUCCCCGGGGCCAAAGGCUUGGACUGCCGCAAGACGUUUGGCGCGACACUGGAAUGCUAG